ACUAUGAGGUACGAGCCCGCCCGCUAAUCGUCUGUGGAGCAGAGAGGGCGCUAGAGAGUGCGGCCCCUGGGGGUGUCUGCAGGGAGCGGGAUGUGAUGGAGCCCGGCCUCAGGGACAGCGUUACCCGCCACUCAGGGAGGCAGCUGAAGAUGAGGGACAUGGCGAGAUGCUCGGGGGCCAUCGUCUAUACCAGAGUGCCUGACGGAGGAUGGGGCUGGGCUGUGGCUGUGGCCUUUUUCUUUGUGGAAGUGUUUACCUAUGGAGUCCUGAAGUCUUUUGGGGUCUUUUUUAAGGAUUUGAUGAUCUACUUUGAGGAGAGCAACAGUCGGAUAUCAUGGAUCCUCUCCAUCUGUGUCUUUGUCCUCACAUUCACAGCUCCCAUAUCAACAAUUCUCAGCAACCGCUUUGGACAUCGCCCAGUAGUCAUGCUCGGAGGCUUCCUCAUCAGCUUAGGAAUGAUAAUGGCUUCGUUUGCACGCAAUGUUGUGGAGAUGUAUAUCAGCAUUGGAGUGGUGUCGGGUCUUGGAUAUUGUCUGAGCUUCCUUCCCACAGUCACUAUUCUGUCCCAGUACUUUGACAAGCGCCGCUCUCUGGUCACCGCCAUAGCUUCCACUGGAGAAUGUUUUGCCGUGUUUGCCUUUGCACCAGCCAUCACAGCAUUAAAUGAGCAGGUCGGAUGGCGGUAUUGUCUGCUGACAGUCGGGGCUCUUCAGCUAAACAUUGUGGCCUGUGGUGCAUUACUGCGGCCAAUUCACAUUAAAGCCCAAGAAGAAACCAAAGAACUUCCAAGGCCUGAAAACUCUGAGAGUACCUACAUGCUGGAGAAUGAGCAGACACUCUCAUCACUAGACUCCAUUGACUCAGGAGUAGAAGUAUCUACCUCACCAAAAAACCUACCAACCAAUGUGAAACCUGACCACAAAACCGAAGAGGCAACCGAUAGACAAAAGACAGUUGAGGAGGUGGACUCUGACAAGACGCCUCCACUUCUAGACUUUUCAGUAUUAAGAAAUUCUAGUUUUAUAUGUUAUGCACUAUUUGGUCUCUUUGCGACAUUAGGGUUCUUUGCUCCAUCGCUGUAUAUAAUACCCCUCAGCCUGAGCCUAGGCCUAGACAAGGACCGGUCAGCCUACAUGCUGUCUGCUAUGGCUAUCACUGAAGUCUUUGGAAGGAUUGGUGCUGGCUGGCUGCUCAAUAAGAAACCCAUCCGCAAGAUCUACAUCGAGCUGAUCUUUGUGGUGCUCCUGUGCAUCGCCUUAACAGCUUUCCCCUUUGCUUGCACCUUCUGGGGGCUCAUGGUAUGUAGCGUCUUCUUUGGCUGCAUGUUGGGCACAGUGACUGGUACUCACAUUCCUUUGGUGGCUGAAGAAGAUAUUGUUGGAAUUGAGAAGUUGUCCUCUGGUGUGGGAGUCUAUGUGUUCAUUCAGAGCAUUGCCGGGCUGGCCGGACCACCGCUGGCAGGAGUGCUGGUGGACUGGACUCAGAACUACGGCUCAGCAUUCUAUUCCUGUGCUGUCGGAAUGGCCCUAGGGGCCCUUUUUCUGGCCUUGGUGAGGCCAUGCAGGACAGGACUCUGCUGGAGAAAGCCACCUGUUCUAUGUCAGGGAAUGCAGGAAAUGCCAGAUGAUUUUCUUGAAAUGGACAUGGGCAAAGGCGAGGGACUAAACAAGAGCUGCCAAAGCCUGAAUGGGACAGUGUAGCAAACAGUGCAAUAACCCUUUAACCCCCUCUGGUCCCGGCCCACCGGAUCCAGUCACGUGUAAGGGAAAGCAAAACCAGAAUUUGAAUAGUGGUAAUAGGGACUGAAGAGGGGGUCGGGGUAUCAAUGUCUGCAUGCAGGGAACAUAUUAUCUCUGUCCGCUGCCACACAGCAUGGCCGACACUCUCCGCACCAAUGGGCAAAGCGGUUAUCACUAAAGUCAAUGCUGACGGCUGCUGCUCCAUGCAAACCAAAUAUUAAUUUAUUGUAGUCAAAGCUGCUGUCGGGGGGGGGGGGGGUGGGAUGAACAAUGUGUGACUAAGGCUGAGCAAUGCCCCCCCCACCCCCACUGGUCUCAGGAGUCUUUUGUAUUAGUUUAAA